ACGGCGUUGAAGUCGCAGCCUCUGGGGGCCAUGGGCGCCCCAGACAUGGCGGUGGGCGCCCCAGACAUGGCGGGCCCCAUGGCCGAGUGGGGCGGCAUGCCCGGCGGCGGUCUGACCAGGGGGCUUUCGCCCCCGUUCAAUCACUACGCGCUUUCCAACGGCGUUGUCUCAGGCGAGUUUUUUAAGCAGCUGGCGGAGUUCAAGUUCCCCGUCGAUGGCAUGCUGGCGCGCGCGGUGAACGCCGCAUUGUUUCGGUGCGCGGCGGCGGAGGACUGCGCGAGGGGCGGGUUCGCAGGGCGCGUCGCCGAACCCGACGACUUGGCCCGGCUCUCGAAGCACGAGAAGCACCAGGAGCUGCUCGCGGAGGCGCAGUUGGACCCGUCGACGACAGAAUCGCUGAGGGGCCAGCUCACGAUUGACGCCUUGGGCCCCCCCCUGCAGAAUAAUGAUAAGGCGAUGAUCAAAGGCGAGGGCGCCGAGGGCAAGGGCAAGGGAGCCACGGGGAAGAAGGGGGCGUUGACGACGACCCCCGAGGAGUUCAUCUACCAGUUGGAUGGCAACUCAGGGGUUGGCCCGACGCAGCCAUCAGAGGAUGUUGCGUCAUCGCCAGCUGGGGCGGCACAUUUCGCGCAGCAUGCUGGCGGCGGCGAGGCGUCGGGCUUGGGCCAGACCGCCGCGCUCAACAAGGGCAUAGUUGUCGGCGCCCACCUGUGGCUUCGAAGGCCACUGCAGGAGGUCGCGGAGCUGUUCGUCACUGGCGGGGGUAGGGAGUUCAUGGUCAAUCCUCCAUGCUGCGACGCUGUUAACGAUGAGGAUUGCAUCGCCCUCGAGGUGAAGGGCGCGAUCUGUGCCGCGCUGAACGCGCCCCGUCGCAAAUGCGGGACGCAGCGCGCCAGGCCCAUGAAGAGACUAACAGGGCAGCGACGGCAGUCAAGGGGCUCGAUCACAUGCUACGUCGCAGCGCCGGCUUCUCGGUCGGUUGCGCCUCAGACGAAGGGCGCCUCGGCGUGCCCGCCUAGGGCCCUCGAGGCCAGCGUCGCCGUGGACGGCGCCCCGAAAAUGUUCGCCAUGCCGUCGCCGCCGACCGAUGAGUUCAUUAGCCAGUGCUGGCGACUCUGCGCGGUGUCCGACAGGGCCAAGUGCAUUUGCGAGCUCGCCGCGAUUGCGGUGACAGCGAAUCGCCUUAUGAUCGGCGAUGAGAUGACUGGCCCAAUGAUCGACGUCGCCAUCCCGCGCGCCGCGAAUUUCAAGACGGCCGCCGAGAACGAGGAGCUGAGCUCGCGCUGCACUUG